GACUUAGGGUCUCUAGUCCCAGCCCUGCAGGUCCCAGAAAAAUCUCCUUUUCCAGAAUCUGCCUGGCCCUCUUGUCCCAUAGCCCAAUGUGCCUUCUGAAGCCCCUGAGCCCUGUGGCAUGGAAGGCCCCUUCUCAGCCUUUCAGACUAAUAGGAGCAGCUCGGCUGUCCCCCCUUCUCCAGUCCCCCCAUCCUCUCUGACUCUCCCCACCUGGCUGGGAUCCCUGAAGAUGGAGCUGUGCUUAUUAUCACCAUCGCAAUGACCCCAAGCUUGGCUCAUGGUCCCUGCCUGCCUCAAAGUACCACACCAGCACCAUAUCAGGCACUACAGGAACCACCCCGACCCCAGGCAAGCAAAAGGGGGUGCUGAUUGUCUGUGGGGGUAGAAGUACCAAUUGUGCCAGGAGAGAUAGGGCAAAGUGUUCUAGGUUCCAGGAGGGUGACCCCCUGCCAAUGGGAUAGGAUCACAAAGGCAUCGGGGAGGAGGUGACUCCUCAGCUGUGCCUUGUGGAGGCAGGAACGGCCUAUGCAAUGGCCCAGAGGCAGGAAUGCUGGGGCUGCAUGGAGACCUUGGCUGCAAAGUCAUGGACGUGAGGAACAAGAGUGUGGAGGGAAGAAAUGCAGACACCUUGAAUGCUGGAUACUGCACACAUCUGAACAGCAAGGACCCCAGCUCCCCAGGGGUCGUGAGGAACAAGUGUGACCUCAGCAAGCCCUGCCCAAACAAUUUCUUUGCGUUUAAAAUCCUCAGCGGGGCCGCCAACGUCGUGGGCCCCUCCGUGUGUUUCGAAGGCCACAUGAUCAUGAGCCCUGUGAAAAACAAUGUGGGCAGGGGCCUGAACAUCGCCCUGGUGAAUGGAUCCACGGGAACAGUGCUGAGACAGAGCUUUUUUGACAUGUACUCUGGAGAUCCUAUGCUCCUGGUGAAAUUCCUUAAAGAAGUCACAGAGGACAUGCUGGUGCUAGUGGCCUCCUACGAUGACCCAGGGACCAAAAUGAACGAUGAGCUCCGGGAGCUCUUCUCCAACUUGGGCAGCUCUUACGCCAAGCAACUGGGCUUCCGGGACAGCUGGGUCUUCUUAGGGGCAAAAGACAUCAAGAGUAACAGCCCCUUUGAGCAGUUCUUGAAGAACGACCCCGACACCAACAAAUACGAGGGCUGGCCAGAGCUGCUAGAGCUGGAGGGCUGCGUGCCCAGGAAGACAUUCUAGGGCUGCUGCAGCUCCUCCUGGGUUGCGAGAGCUGGACUGGCUGGAGCUGAAGGACAGCGGGGACGAGGGACCGAGAGACUGUUGCAGCCGUGUGGAGCACUGAGGGUCCAUGCACUCUCUGCGCACUUCCCCUUUUCAGGAACAAAGCCUCGCCUUGGCUGAGGCACUGCCCCACCUGGAGGCAGCCAGCCUCAGAGGGUCCUCCUAGGCCCGCUGCCUGUGGAGAGAACAGGUGGACUUUCCCUCAGGGUCUCUGACUGUUGCCCCUGAGAAAGGAUGGGCUCUCCACACCAAGGCAGAAUUAAACUUUAUUAUUGCUGACAUUGAAUGAA